AUGAGGCCCAGCUUCCAUCUGCUGGGGGCCAGCGACAAGCCGGCUCGGUCGGCGGGCAGCCGGAAGGAAAAGGAAAGGAGGCGGUCGCAAAAAGUGGGCGCGGCGGCGCAUGCGCAUGAACAGGCUGGCCAGGGAAAGAGAGCGAGUCGCGCGUCGAGAGCGCUCUCAUUCGGCGGUUCCACUAGCUUCCGAGGGGCGCCGCUGCAGUUCUACGUACAGUGCGGUGCCAGUGCGGUGACGUCUCAUCGUCUGGUUGUUGGGCCGGUGAGCGAGCAAAUCGGAGCAGAUUGGGGGAUUAUGGAAUCUACAGAAGCGAAUGGAGCUGGCAAUGUCGCGUGGCUGCGUGGCGACGGGAGGGGGAGACAGUCGCGACAGUGGACGGGGACAGAGACGGGGUGGGCCAGGCAGGAGGAGCAAAGCUUGAAACCCGAUGACUGGCACCGCACCGGCUGGGCCGACCCGACUCGCCAGCGAUCAUCAUGUCGUGUACGGACCAAUGUCAUCUCGCCAGGGAGCAGCCAGGUGCCAUCGCCCAAGGCACAAAUUUCGAGCCACCGUGUCUUUGCAGCUUCUGGGUUGACCGGACGUGACAUGCAGGAUGAUGUCGAGGUGCGUGGCCAGGGAGAGAGAGAGAGGGAGGCGAGGAGGGAAAUCCCCCGGACCUGGGUGCUGGCCAGUGGCCACCCCAUCAUCUGCACUGCACACCAUGACACCAUAACAUAUUGCGCUGCGGCCCGAGGUGCGAGGCUGUUCUCGUUUGCAUCUGCGAGGACCUGA